AUGUGUGACGAAAAACAGAAGCAACGUAUCAAUCUCAAAUUUCUUGUUAAAUUGAAAAAAACUCUGACCGAGUGCUAUAAAUUGUUGCAAGAGGCCUAUGGAGGCAAUUCUCUAUCUCGUGCACGUAUUUUUGAGUGGUAUAAGCGCUUCAUUGAGGGCCGAGAGAGCACUGAAGAUGACCAGCGCCCAGGUCGCCCUGUCACCGUUUCAACUCCGGAAACAGUGACCAAAAUCAACCAAAUUGUGCGUGCAGAUCGUCGAAUGAUUGCCGAGGCUGUAAACUCCGAUAAAGAAACGGUUAGAAAAAUUUUACAUGAGGAAUUACAUAUGACAAAAGUCUGUGCGAAGUUGGUGCCAAAAAACCUGACUCCUGACCAAAAGUUCUUGCGUCAACAGGUCUGCUCAGAUUUCCUUGAAAAGUUAAAAGAAGAUCUCGGACUGAUGAAAAACAUUAUAACUUGCGACGAAACAUGGAUUUUUCAAUACGAUGUUGAAAUAAAGCGACAAUCGAUGCAUUGGAAGACACCUGAAUCGCCCAGAAUCAAAAAAGCAAGGAUGUCCAAAUUAAAAUUUAAGGCAAUGUUGAUCGUUUUUUUUGACAUUAAUGGUAUUGUGAUGACUGAAUGGGUUCCAGAAGGUCAGACUGUCAACCAGAUUUACUAUUUAUCAGUUUUGGCAACACUGCGAGAAAGAGUUCGUAAGAAACGGCCCGAGUUGUGCAAGAACAACUCGUAGAUUUUGCACCAGGACAACGCACCUGCCCAUAACGCGCUAUCUGUGAAGCAGUAUUUGGCCGGUAAGCGCACUCCAGUGCUCGAACACGCGCCGUACUCGCCAGAUUUGGCACCGUGCGACUUUUUUUUGUUUCCAAAGAUAAAAUCUGCUUUGAAAGGGACCCGAUUUGAGUCGAUGGAAGCGGUAAAGCAAAAAACGGCAGAGCUCCUAAAGGCCCUCGCCAAAGAAGACUUCCAGCACUGCUUUGAUCAAUGGAAAAAACGUAUGGAAAGGCGUGUGGCGAGGGGAGGGGAGUAUAUUGAAGGGGAACAUUUGAAUGUAGAAUAA